AUGCAUCGCACUUAUUCGAUGCGCCAGACGCGCGCCCCGACCGCCUCGCAGAUCGAGAACCCCCCGCCGCCAUUGUCCACAACCAAGACGAACAGAUGGCUGGGGAAAGGUGGCCUGGGCCAUGCGUUCCGUAAGAAUGCCGCCGGUACCUUCGGGCCCGAUCUCGCCCGGAAGCUGUCGCAGCUCGUGAAGAUGGAGAAGAACGUCAUGCGCAGCAUGGAGCUCGUCGCGAGAGAGCGCAUGGAGGUCGCGCAACAACUCUCCGUCUGGGGUGAGGCAUGCGACGAGGACGUGUCGGAUGUGACGGACAAGCUUGGUGUUCUGAUCUACGAGAUCGGUGAGCUGGAGGAUCUCUUCGUCGACCGCUACGACCAGUACCGGGUCACUGUCAAGAGUAUCCGGAACAUUGAGGCUUCCGUGCAGCCCAGCCGUGACCGCAAGCAGAAGAUCACCGACGAGAUCGCCAAGCUUAAGUACAAGGACCCCAACUCGCCGCGCAUCGUCGUCCUUGAGCAGGAGCUGGUCCGUGCCGAGGCCGAAUCCCUGGUCGCCGAGGCGCAGCUGUCCAACAUCACGCGAGAGAAGGUCAAGGCGGCCUUCCAGUACCAGUUCGAUGCGCUGCGCGAGCACUGCGAGAAGGUCGCCAUUGUCGCCGGAUACGGCAAGCACCUGCUCGACCUCAUCGAUGACACCCCCGUGACCCCCGGGGAGACUCGUCACGCGUACGACGGUUAUGAUGCCAGCAAGGCCAUCAUCCAGGACUGUGAGGAUGCGCUGAGCAACUGGGUCACUUCCAAGGCCGUGGUCAAGUCCGGGCUGUCCCAGCGCUCGCGCACCUUGUCCCAGCACCACCGCGACACUGUCUCCAAGAACCGUGAGGGCGUCGACUUGUCCGUCCAGGACCAGCCCCUGACCGGUGACCGCGACUCCUGGCUCCCUGCCGACCAGCACCCGAGCUACCAGCCCGAGGACGGCGAGGAUGGCGUCAGCACUAUGGACGGCGAGGCAUCGCGAGGCCGCGAAGAGGAGCGGGAGCCCAUCACGGCCUAA